AUGCUGAUCGAGACGCCAUUAGGUGUUGCGAUGGUGGGCAUUGCCGCAGACUCGUUCGGAAAAGCAUACGCUGCAGUGAGAGCCUGCUUUAGCGAUGUACCGACGAUGCAGAGCCGUAGCUCGAGUGUCUGA